UUUUCACUCCUCCGCGACUGUUAGCUCAUUCUGACAAACGAGUAAAGUUUGAUUUUUGCCUAUUCACGCCGUAUAGCGUGUAAAUAAAUCGCUUAUUUUCUGUGUUAGAAUAAUUAAUUUUUCAAGAAAAUCAACUCAUUAUGAGUUCCAUAGGAACAGGGUACGAUCUUUCGGCAUCGCAAUUCUCCCCCGAUGGCAGAGUUUUUCAAGUGGAAUACGCUCAAAAGGCUGUGGAAAAUAGCGGAACCGUCAUAGGCCUCAGAGGAAAAGACGGCGUUGUAUUCGCUGUUGAAAAAUUAGUCACUUCAAAACUGUACGAGCCUGGUGCGAACAAGCGCUUAUUCAACAUAGAUAAUCACGUUGGUAUGGCAGUUUCUGGACUGUCGUCCGAUGCUCGUCAAAUUGCAGAAACAGCACGCACAGAAGCAGCCAGUUAUCGUGCCCAGUACGGACUAGGAAUACCUUUAAAAUAUUUGAACGAUCGUGUGUCCAUGUACAUGCACGCGUACACGUUAUACUCAUCCGUACGACCUUACGGAUGCUCAGUCAUUCUCGGAGCUUACGAAGCUGACGGACCAGCUAUGUAUAUGAUCGAUCCUUCAGGUGUUUCCUACGGCUACUACGGCUGUGCUAUCGGCAAAGCCAAACAGUCGGCGAAAACAGAAAUCGAGAAACUAAAACUCUCGGAGAUGACCUGCAAAGACCUGAUCAGAGAAGCGGCUAGGAUAAUUUACUUAUUGCACGACGAACUGAAGGACAAACAAUUUGAAUUGGAAAUGAGCUGGGUCGGCAGUCACACGAACGGUAGACACGAACGAGUACCAUUUGACAUAAAGACCGAAGCUGAGACAAAGGCCCGACAAGCAAUGGACGAAGAUUCGGACAGCGAUACCGAAGACAUGUAAAGUGCUGACUGAAUCCGCGAUGAUAACAACAACAACAACGGAAUAAAAAAAUAAAUUAUAAGAAGAAAAUAUAAUUGAUAAUGUCAAUAAUUCGUAAGUUGCUAUUCCGAAGCAUGUAUCGACGCUCGAAAAUACAUUCUUUGUUUAUAAAA